GACAGCCUCAUGUUCCAGCUGCAGGAACCAGCCGAGGUGACCCUGGACCCCUCCACCGCCCACCCCAACCUGCGCGUGUCCGAGGACGGCAAACAAGCCCGGGGCCACCUCUCGCCCCGCGGGGACGCCCCCGACGGGCCCCAGAGGUUCGACUUCGAGCCCUGCGUGCUGGCCCGGGGGGGCUUCACCGGGGGCCGCCACUUUUGGGACGUCGAGGUGGGGCGGGAAGGGGGGGUCUGGGCGCUGGGGGUGGUCCGGGAAUCGGCCCCCAGGAAGGGACCCCUGAGCCUCGCCCCCCGAGACGGAUUUUGGGCUCUGGGGGCUUUCCACUCGCUCACGGACCCCCGCGCCGAGCGGAGCCCCCUCCCCCGGCGCCUGCGGGUGGCCCUGGACUACGAGGGGGGCCGGGUGGGCUUCUACGGGGCCGAGGAUGGGGGGCCCAUCCUGGAACCCAUCCUGGAGCAUUCCCGGGCCGCCUUUCGGGGGGAGAGGGUCCUGCCCUGGUUCCGCCUGGGGUUGGGGGCGCGGCUCAGGGAGGGGUCGCCCCUGGACUGGGUGGGCUUUGGGGUCCCGCUCAGGAUCUGUCGGUGAGGGGGGGUGCGAGGGGUGCCGGGGGGGAUUCUUGGGUCCUUCCGAGUGUGCGAGGGAAUUCCCGGCUCCAGGGAAUUGUCGGGUCGUCCCCCUUGUCCCAGGGAAUUCUCAGCUUCAAGGAAUUCCCGAGUCCUCCCCCGUGUCCCAGGGAAUUCCUGGCUUCAGGGAAUUCUCGGGUGCUCCCGCGUGUCCCAG